AAGGAGAGCCAACACUCUCAGAGGCCCUGUCCUACGGUAAUCCUCCUCUUGCCCCUACUCCACCCACAUCAGGCCCCCGCAGGCCCCAGCUCCCGCCACACACAAAAUCGCAGGACUACAAUUCCCACAGUGCCUCUCGCGCGGGGCACUUCCUCUUCCGGUUACACAAGGCGCCCGCUCCGGUCGACGUGUUCUUCCGGUGGCGGAGCGGCUGCUUACCCUGUGCGGGGCAAAAUGGAGCUCGAGGCCAUGAGCAGAUACACCAGCCCAGUGAACCCAGCUGUCUUCCCCCAUCUGACUGUGGUGCUUUUGGCCAUUGGCAUGUUCUUCACUGCCUGGUUCUUCGUCUAUGAGGUCACUUCUACCAAGUACACUCGAGAUAUCUACAAAGAGCUUCUCAUCUCCUUGGUGGCCUCGCUCUUUAUGGGCUUUGGAGUCCUCUUCUUGCUGCUGUGGGUCGGCAUCUACGUGUGAGCUCCUGAGGGUACCACUCAGGCGGCUUCACUGAAUCUCUGCUUUUGUAAAUUAAUUUUUUUUUUUUUUAAUAUUGCUGGAAGUGUCCCAUCUGCUGCUCACAAUAAAGGCAGAUGU